AUGGAGCUGGACAUCCUCUCGCCAACUGCGAAUCCACUCUCGGGCUCCAAGUCCAAUAAGCAACACCCCACAAGGCAGUGCUGCAAGAAAAAGUUCAUUGUACUGGAAAAGUCCAAGGUCAACAAGAGACUCCGACCGAAGCCAUGGUAUUACCGCUACGACUCCACCGAGGAGUUUUCACUUUACUACGACGACGCGAAAGCGAAAGUCAAAGAACUAUUUUCUCAACUAGCAACUGAGUAUGUGUCGAUUUGCGUCGUGAGCCACGACAUGCAGGACUCUCUCAGCUCGCUACAGAAAUUCGAAAUCGAGCUGCCAUCGACAACUAUAUUCGUCGACCUUAUCAAAGUCCUGGAACACCAAAGUCGACAUGAUGAUCAGGGCAUGCCGAAACCUUUGAGAAAAUACACAGACGACAACAUCGCGAUUCGCAACGGGCGAUAUGAUCGACGACCUUGGCCGCUAACAGGCCAAUACGGCAUGCCAAAUUAUGCCCUGGUCUCAGUGCUCGGGCCAGCUGCGGAGGGUUGCAAGCGAGAUAAGACUGAGAAGGAGGAUACUGCCUUGAAGAGAAUCGCAAAACGAGCGGCUGUGGACAACCUAAAUUUAGGCCACAAAAGACGGCCUUGA